UACGAUUUUUAUUCGUUUUAUAUCGGUAAUAAAAACAACAAUAAUGAGGAAAACUUAAUAUUUACGCUGUUUUAUUCAACAGAUAUUUGGAUUUCAUUCGAUAAAUAAUUCAGCUUUUGAAUUAGACUAAAUUUCUUUAUUUUUAAUUAACGUUUUAUAAGAUGAGAAUAACUUGUAAAUGUUUACUGAAAGAAUGAUAAUGCGUAGCCUACACUUUUUGUGCAGAUAUGUUGUCUCUCAGGUUCCUUUACAACACUCCCGUAGGAACGUUGAUAACGAAUUUCUCGAAUAAGGGAGAAAACAAGGAUAAAGUCAUUCCUUAUUCCAACGUAACGACGUCGGGAGAUGCCGAUUUGGACGAAUAUUUAUCUAAUAUUCCUAAGGCACAAUUAUUCAAAGGAAUUUGGUUACAAGGAUAUUUAGUGCCGCCGAAUAUUUUAGAAAAUUUAGAAAAUUUCCAAGUAAGAUCCGACGACGUUUUUAUCGUCACUUAUCCCAAAUCAGGUACCACGUGGACCGAAGAGAUAUUGUCUCUGAUAUACAAUAACGGAGACGUCGAGAAGGCCGAGAAAACGCUACUCAAUUAUCGAGUGGAACACUUAGAAGUCGGACGAGUGUUUGGUCAUUUACGUCACCUGAAAAACAUGAAAUCGCCACGAUUAAUGGCCACUCACCUUCCCUUUCGUUUGCUUCCCAAACAGUUAAGAAGACCUAAAUGUAAAAUCAUAUACGUCGCUCGAAACCCGAAAGAUAACGCGGUAUCUUAUUAUCAUCACCACAAAAUGAGCACAUUUUUAGGAAACUUUCGAGGAUCUUGGGAAAAAUUUCUAUCGUAUUACGCCAAAGGACACGUUGUAUAUGGUUCCUGGUUUGACCACGUGCUGUCCUAUUGGGAAUUUUACUUAUCUCAUCCGGAUAAAGUUCUAUUUAUUACUUUUGAAGAAUUAAAAAUAGAUUUGCCCGGGAUGAUAUCUCGAAUAUCGAACUUUGUAGGGUGUCCGAUCUCUUCCGAAGCGAUCCAAAGAAUCUCGGAACAUUGUACUUUUGAGAGAAUGAAGACGAAUGCCAUGGUAAACAGAGAAGUACUUCCCAUACCCGAUCUUUUCGAUAUGACUCAAUCGAAAUUUAUGAGAAAAGGAAUUAUCGGCGAUUGGAAGAAUUACUUUUCUCCGGAUCAAAACCAAAGCUUCGACAAACUGUAUCGAAACCGCAUGAAAGAUUCGGGAUUGAAUUUAGCAUUCGAACCGGAAGACGCCUUUACGAGAAUGAAGGAACACGGAAGAAUCGUGGUCGUAACUCCCGAUUUGUUCGUCGCUCGAAAAGGUUACGAUUUAGAUAAGCUAGAAUAUAUCAAAAGCCAGAAAGAAAAUAAAAACCAAACAGAACUCGAUGGCAGUCGUUCCAAUGCAAAUUUAAUGAGGAAUAGAUGUAGAUGCUUCAUACCCUCUUUCCAUCCGCAUUUCCAACCGGACAUAUUAGGAUUCGACGUAUUUUGAUAAUAUCGAUUAAAUUAUCGGGCCCCCUCCCUCGCCGCCCGGCCGCCCCAUUUCGGACCCGUCCGAACCCUAAUGGGCUUCCUAAAAAAAGAGGCCUCUUAGUGCCACGGAACAGAAAGAGUAAAGAAAAACGUAUCAAUUAAAUUACAAUUUUUGAAAAAUUAUUUCAAAAAUUGCUUAUUUCUACUAUUUAAGGCCGUGUAAAUUUAUUUGAUAUAUCGAUAGAAUAAAUCUUUGACGAUAACGCGAAGUAGAGGGGACCAAACUAUAGAAAAAAGAAAAGAUUGGAUAAACUCGACAAUUUCAAUCAUCCGAUAACGAUAAUAAUAAUACAGAAUAUUAAUGUAUAUACAUAUUUACAGAGAUUUGGUUUAGAAAUAACGAUAGACAGAUGUACAAUAAGCGUCGAAGCAAUGUUUAAUUUAAGGGCCCUCCGUUAAUUACUCGUAGAGGAAGAGAGGAAGGAGGUUGCGAAAAUACGUCGUCGUAGCUACACGAGAAAUCAAAAAUGGCUUUAAAAAUUGUAGGCGGUCCCUUAGCGCUUAACGACUUCGGGGCACGGAUCUACCGCACAUUUAUACGUUGUAAAGACGUAUUUCGACCGGUAUUUUAUCCAUGGCCAAACACUGCUUACGUCCAACCUAAUCGAUGCGGGGCGUAAGGUAUUCUCUAAAAUUCCGGAACCUUUUAUAAUUUAUAAAUAUAUUUAAAUGUGUGUAUAAUGUAUUCGGGUUUCCUUUACUUGGCAUUUUUCGAAACGCUACUCCUGUGUAAAUAAAAAUAUCACGCGGGAAGAAUAAAAAUUAAUCCCGUCGAUAGAUGGCAGCACCAUUAUAAGAAAACUGUGUUUUUAUUAAAAUUUUUCUU